AUGGCGGACGCGGCGCUGUUCGAGUUUCUGCACACGGAGAUGGUGGCGGAGCUAGGGGCGCACCACUCCGACCCUGGCCCUGGGGUGAGCGCAGGUGUUUGGGGGGAGAAGGUGGGAUCUGGGGGUGGCCAGAAGAUGAGCCUGUCUGUCCUGGAGGGCAUGGGCUUCCGUGUGGGCCAGGCCCUGGGCGAGAGGCUGCCCCAGGAGACACUGGCCUUCAGAGAGGAGUUGGACAUCCUCAAGUUCCUGUGCAGAGACCUGUGGGUGGCCGUGUUCCAAAAACAGAUGGACAGCCUCCGCACCAAUCACCAGGGGACCUACGUCCUGCAGGACAAUAGCUUCCCUCUUCUCAUCCGGAUGGCCUCAGGCCUGCAGUAUCUGGAGGAAGCACCCAAGUUCCUGGCCUUCACCUGCGGCCUCCUGCGAGGCACCCUGUGCAUCCUGGGCAUCAAGAGCCUGGUCACCGCCUCCGUGGCAUCCCUGCCCACCUGUAAGUUCCAGGUGGUGAUUCAGAAAACCUGA